AUGAAUUUUCUACGCCAGCCAUGUUCGCGCAUUGCGACUUUGCGGUCAUUCCGCACCCCUGUUGGAAUUACUUCACCUCAGGCAAAUUUUAGUCGAAGAUCUUAUGCUACUACCGGUCCGGGUGAUCAGAAGGGUGGUACCCCCAGAUGUCUCCAUUGCUAUGGGUUUGCCCCUAACGAUCUACCUUUGGAGGGGGACAAGAAAAAGCCCAAUACCAGCUCUAUUGGCGAACACCAUGGAGCUAACCAAGAGUAUGCACAAAACGCGGAGGGCAACCAGGGCAACGACUCCAACUCAACUACUUCCACCCAUGAUGAGCCUCGAGCCAUGGGUUCUUCCAAGGGACCUACAAGCAUGUCAUUUAAACAAGAGGGCCUUUCUAAUGCCGAUACCAUGAACCCAUAUGUCAAUGAGCCCGGAAAGAGUAAAAAGGGUGAGGGUGAGACGGAAACCGCAAAGGUAAAGGGUACCGUGAAGCCUGACCGGCCGCAGGUGUGA